AUUGCACAGUUCCUUCCAACUUCCUUUUCCGGUUUCCUGAAGCAGGCAAGAUGAGUAAAAUUUCUCGUGACAACUUGUACGAGGCCAUUGCCACCGUUCUGAAAGAUUCAACAGAUAAGAAGAGGAAAUUUACGCAGUCUAUAGAGCUCCAGAUUGCUUUGAAGAAUUAUGAUCCUCAAAAGGACAAGCGUUUCUCUGGCACAGUCAAACUAAAGCACAUUCCAAGACCAAAGAUGAAGAUCUGUAUUUUGGGUGACCAAGUGCAUUGUGAUCAGGCCAAAGCUAAUGAUCUCCCCAGUAUGGAUACUGAUUCCUUGAAAAAGUUGAACAAGGACAAAAAGCUUGUUAAAAAAUUAGCUAAGAGAUAUGAUGGUUUUUUGGCUUCUGACUCGAUCAUCAAGACCAUCCCAAGGCUGUUGGGUCCUGGAUUGAACAAGGCAGGAAAGUUUCCCAUCCAGGUCUCUCAUAAUGAAUCCUUGGUCACAAAGUGUGAGGAACAGAAAGCAACCAUCAAGUUUCAGUUGAAAAAGGUACUCUGUCUGGCUGUUUGCGUAGGACAUGUCAACAUGACCCCAGAUGAACUCUAUUCAAAUAUUUCUCUGUCCAUCAAUUUCUUGGUGUCCCUCCUGAAGAAGAACUGGCAGAACGUCCGAGCCCUCUACAUCAAGGGUACAAUGACACCUUCUCAAAGAAUUUACUAAGAAGAAUGAUGGACUAAAUCUUACUGUUGAGACGUUUUAAUAAUUAAAAUGUGCUCAACAUG